AUGCCCAGGCGCCUGACUUCCCAAAAGAAGCAAGGAGUUGGAACCCCGCUGUGCCCAGGGGAUGUUGUGCUGUUUUUCCAGCCAGGAAAGUAUCAGACUGGGGACUCUCCAGGACUCUGUGUGUGUCUGCCAUCCAAAACUGAAGGGGAAUGCCCGUCUCUGCCUGUCUGCUGCGUUUUCCACCUUAAAACAUCGCUGAGGGAUGACUUCUUAGCACUGAACCAGUCCCAUCCUUCAGUGGGAUGCCUGGGCUCAGGUGAUGAACGUCAGAGGUACAGAGCCGUCCCUCUGACCACCGUAGAGCCUACAGCUCACAGCCAGCAGGAGGCAUCGAUCCCUUCAGCAGAAGACCUUGCCUUCAGGUUAAAUGCUGCUGUGAGGGACAGUAAUAAAAAAGAUGUGCUGGAGCUGCUGGAGAAAGGGGCAGAUGUGAACUCCAAAGUACAAAGUGGCUGGACACCACUGCAGAGUGCCGUGCAAGCUAAUGAACAGGACCUGGUCUGGCUUCUGCUGUGCAAGGGUGCUUGUCCACAUGCCAGGAAGGACAAUGGCAGCACUGCAUUUACUGAGGGAGCAAUAGUAGGAAAUGUGAAUAUACUGGAGCUACUCCUUGAUCGUGGGUUAAAUAUUAAUGACGAUGGUGACAAUGGCUUUACAGCUUUCAUGGAGGCUGUAUGGUAUGGGAAGGAAGAAGCUUUGAAAUUCCUGUAUAGCAAAGGAGCAAAUGUGAAUUUGAGAAGGGUAGUUAGUGAAGAGAAAGUGCAUAAAGGAGUGACAGCACUGACGCAUGCUUGUAGGAACGGCCACUUCUCAGUUGUAAAAACUCUUGUCCAAGAAAUGGGGGCUGACAUGAACAUUUGUGACAACAAAGAUAGGAAUGCCUUCAUCCAUGCCCUCAAGGAGGUUUGUGCCAAGGAAAGAUAAGAGUCAGGAAUCUCCAUUGGCCAUUUCCUGCUCAAUGGUGUUGAUGUGAACAGCAAAGAUGAAUGUGGGAAAACUGCCCUCAUCCUAGCUGUUGAAAUGCAGAACCCAGAUUUGGUGAAAGCCUUACUGAAGAAAGGUGAAAUAGAUAUGGAUGAUGCAGAUGAGGAGGGCAACACAGCACUGAUGGUGGCUGUAGCGAAAAAUGGUUACAAUAUAGCAGAGUUGCUGUGUGAAAAAGGAGCAAGAACUGAUACUUGGGACCUUACAGCUGUUGCAAAUAGAAGCUGUGCUCCUAACGUGGCGCGUUCUCUUCACCAGUAUAAUGCCAACUUUGUUCCACAAGCCUUCAAAGACUGGGAGCCAAAGAGCAAAUGCUGGAGGGAUCAGCUGAAAAAGCUAUAUAAAAUAUAUGGCAAACUGAAGACAUUUCAAUAUAUCCAGCAGAGAAUUCAGAACACUUCUCAAGGUGGCAUCUACCUUGGGAUCCGUAGUGGGACAGAGGUGGCAGUAAGAAUAAGCUGCAGUACAGAGGGUGACAAAGAGAAAAGGUUAAGUGAACAAUGUAAUAACUGUGAACAUCUACUGAAGGUCUUCCAGUUUGAGAAAGCAAAAGGCUAUGUGUACUUAUGCUUCCCCCUCUGGGAGAAAAAUCUUGAACAACAUCUGCAGGAACCAGAAGGCCAAAUGGAUUGCAGUGCUCUGAGGAUGGUCUUCCUGGCAGUGAGAGAGCUGCACUCCCUUGGAUUUGCUCGUCAGGAUCUGCAUCCCAGCAACUUUUGUAUAGAUUUAGAUGGCAAAAUUUACCUUGUGGACUUCAAUAAUAAAAGGAAGUUGAUUGAAGGUAAACAAGUUCUUGUAAACUCAGAUUUAGAGGCCCUCAGCAGUCUUGUGCUCUAUGUUUUAACGGUUAGGAAGCCCCUUCAGCAAGUCAAUGCUAAAGAUUUAGUUGCUGAUUCCCCAGAUUACAAAGAGGCUCUGGAUCUUGUAAGCAGCCUGGUGUCUCAUGAUGAAUGAGGCUUGGAAGGUUUUAGCAAACAUCUGUAUUUCUGGAGCAAACAGAUCAGGUUCAAUUUCCUGAAGAAUAUAUGGAAUAAAGUCAAAGAUCUCCACAAUCGGAAACCUGCCUUUCAAGCUCCUAAUGUUACUGAAAGUUUUCCUUGUCCAUGGUGGGCCAAGGAAGUUAACAAAGAUGUUCUGAACAUCAUGGAAAAUCCCAAGAAAGGAAGAUCAUUCAAAUAUAGCAACAACGUCACUGACCUACUGAGGUUCAUCAGAAACCUGAAUGAACAUCCAGAUAUCAGGAUCAGCAACAAAAUAGCAAACCAUGCUGAAUACUUCUUGAAGCUUUUUCCAGCACUUACCAUUUAUGUGUACAACAGUUUGUGCCAGAAUCCUGAAUAUAGUCACUUUGCAGGCAUUCAGUACUCUUUUCUGUAGGAUGUCAUUGCCUCCUGUCCCAUGUCCAGUCCCACCAUCACUGCCUCAUUUUAUGCCCUAUUUCUUCGUCUGCAAAAGAGUUGAAGAAAGUGGGUAAGGAGAUGGGAGAGAGUAGAUGCAGGGACAGAGUGUGGAGGACUUAAGCUGAGAAACUGAAGAUGCUUUUAAGUGUUUGGUGUAACAGGUUUUGGAGAGGAACCAAGU